AUGGCUUGUAAGGUCUCUGACUUUGAGAUUCUGAGACAUUUAAAACAUGCUUUGAAUUGCCAUCGAAUGAAACCUGCUCUCUUCAGUGUACUCUGUGAGAUCAAGGAAAAAACAGUGUUAAGUAUUCGUGGUAUUCAGGAAGAGGACCCCCCAGAUGCUCAGCUAAUGAGACUAGAUAACAUGUUGCUGGCAGAGGGUGUCUCCGGGCCUGAGAAAAGAGGAAGAGGAGGACCGUCGGCUGUAGCAGCAACAUCAGGUGGCUGUCCAAAUGACAAUAGCAUUGAACACUCUGACUACAGGGCCAAGCUGUCACAGAUCCGACAGAUAUACCACUCUGAGCUAGAGAAAUAUGAACAGGCCUGCAGUGAGUUUACUACUCAUGUCAUGAAUCUUCUUAGGGAACAGAGCAGAACAAGACCAAUUUCACCCAAAGAAAUUGAACGCAUGGUCAACAUUAUCCAUGGGAAAUUCAGUACCAUCCAGAUGCAGCUGAAACAAAGCACGUGUGAAGCAGUGAUGAUCCUGCGUUCCCGGUUUCUAGAUGCCCGGAGAAAGCGGCGUAAUUUCAGCAAGCAGGCAACGGAAGUCUUGAAUGAGUAUUUUUAUUCCCACCUGAGCAACCCUUACCCCAGUGAAGAAGCCAAAGAAGAGUUAGCCAAGAAGGGCGGCAUCACCGUCUCCCAGGUAUCUAACUGGUUUGGCAACAAGAGAAUCCGGUACAAAAAAAACAUGGGGAAAUUUCAGGAAGAAGCUAAUAUUUAUGCAGCAAAGACAGCAGUGGAUGCAACUACUGUGGUGGCCCAAGGCAAUCAGGCAAAUUCCCCAUCCACACCUUCCUCUGGUUCCUCUGGCUCUUUCAAGAUGACAAAUUCUGGGGACUCCUUCAUUAAUCUACAGUCCCUGACCUAUCAGAGCUCCCCAGUGGGAGCCAGUGUGCAGUCACAGAUGGAUUCUUUACAUCAUGUUAUACACCAGACGGGCCGAUACGACUCCCUUGUUGGAAACCCUUUGUACACAACGCAACGAAUUGAUACAAAUGGCAGCUGGCAGGAUGCUACCACCCCAUCAUCUAUCACUUCACCUGCUGGGGACCCAGGCAGUGUUAAUUCAGAUGCAUCCAAUUAA